GUCCGCAUGGCAGCUGGGCGCAUGCGCAGCGGCUCGGUCCCCAGUCCUAUGCAAUACCUCUGAAGGAGCCCGGUGCUCAAACUUGGACGCUGACUGAAAAUAAUGUUUCCCGCAGAAGUUAAGGCUCGUGACGCCGAAGCACGAGGCCGGAACUCGGGUCAGAGCUUGUGAACGUGCUCAAACUCGCUCUGAGAUACUCUUCAGGGCUCGAGUUUGUUACUUUUGAAUGUAAUAUCGUUUGGGGGUGGCUCGGUGUUCUGACCAGGUCAGUGACAGCCUGCAAACAGCAGGGAGAGCUGUGCGGCGCAGCGCAGCGCUCCUGGAGCUCUGACACAGUGAGAUCAGAUCUAAAGAAGCCAUGGAGGCCUCGCAGGACCUGAGCGAACAGAUGGUGAAGAAAUUGCACAGUGAAUCUCAUGUUCCAGACCCCUCAGACACCAGGUCUAUGGAAAUGCAGGACCUAGCCAGUCCUCAUAACCACGUGGGAGGUGGAGAUCCAGCAGGCUCCAAGCUGGACAAGAGCAACCUCGGCAGCCCCUCCAUCACCACCAAUGGAACAGGAGGUGAAAGCAUGACCGUUCUAAACACGGCUGAUUGGCUGCUGGGCUGCAGCAGCCCGUCUCCAUCCUCGGGGUCCAAGGACUAUGUAAAAACAGAGCCUUUGAACAACAGCGAUACAGUCACUACGACAGGCGACGCAUCACUGGAUACGUACGCAGGCUCAGUGAUCACCAGCAGUGGGUACAGCCCUCGCUCAGCCCACCAGUACUCCCCUCCUCUCUACCCAUCAAAGCCCUACCCUCACAUCCUCUCCACGCCGGCAGCACCUCCCAUGCCAACGUACGCCGGCCAACCUCAGUUCAGCAGCAUGCAGCAGUCAACCAUGUAUACCGCCUACUCACAGACAGGACAGGCCUACGGAUUGUCCACCUACGACCUGGGAAUGAUGCUUCCAGGGAUUAAGACAGAGAGCAGUUUAACCCAGAGUCAGUCUCCUCUACAGACGGGCCUCAGCUACAGCCCCGGUUUCACCACCCCUCAGCCCGGACAGACGGCCUACUCCCCAUAUCAGAUGCCAGGUUCUAGUUUCACUGCUUCCUCAGGCCUCUACGCCACCAACAACUCUGUGUCCAACCCUGCCAACUACACUGCUACACAGCAGGAUUAUCCCUCAUACACAACAUUUGGCCAAAACCAGUAUGCGCAGUAUUACCCUGCCUCCACCUACGGGACGUACGUCACCUCCAACAGCGUGGACAGCACCAGCUCCACGGCAGCUUACCAGCUGCAGGAUCACACUCAGGCUAUGACAGGACAGGCUGCAGAACUUCACCCAGGGGACUUUGAUACAGUGCAGAGCCCCUCCACGCCCAUCAAAGAGCUGGAUGACAGAGCCUGCCGGAGUGGGGGGUCCAAGUCUCGUGGCAGAGGCCGCAAAAACAACCCCUCUCCUCCCCCUGACAGUGACCUGGAGAGGGUGUUUGUGUGGGAUCUGGACGAGACGAUCAUCGUCUUCCACUCUCUGCUCACAGGCUCCUAUGCACAAAAAUAUGGCAAGGACCCUCCCAUGGCGGUGACCCUUGGUUUGAGGAUGGAGGAAAUGAUCUUCAACUUGGCCGACACGCACUUGUUUUUUAACGACCUGGAGGAAUGUGAUCAGGUACAUAUUGAUGACGUAUCAUCAGACGACAACGGCCAGGACUUAAGUACUUACAGUUUUGCAACUGAUGGCUUCCAUGCAGCUGCAACCAGCGCCAACCUGUGCCUGGCUACGGGGGUCCGUGGCGGGGUUGACUGGAUGAGGAAGCUGGCCUUCCGCUACAGACGGGUCAAGGAGUUGUAUAGCACUUACAAAAAUAAUGUCGGGGGUCUGCUGGGUCCAGCUAAAAGAGAUGCCUGGCUGCAGCUCAGAGCCGAGGUGGAAGCUCUGACGGACUCCUGGCUCACCCACGCACUCAAGUCCCUGUCCAUCAUCAGCUCAAGGAGUAACUGUGUAAACGUGUUGGUGACCACAACGCAGCUCAUCCCGGCGCUGGCUAAGGUUCUUCUAUAUAGUCUCGGUUCCGUUUUCCCCAUCGAGAACAUUUACAGUGCAACAAAAAUAGGCAAAGAGAGCUGUUUUGAGCGUAUAGUCUCCCGCUUUGGCACUAACAUUACAUAUGUUGUGAUUGGCGAUGGGAAGGAUGAAGAGCAUGCUGCCAGCCAGGUAAACAAACAGCUUGUGAACUUUGACCCCUCUGACCAUGUGACCCUCCUUCCUCCCCUUGUUUAUUUGUUUUUUGCAGGGAAAGAGAGUUGCUUUGAACGCAUAAUGCAAAGGUUUGGCAGGAAAGUAGUGUAUGUUGUAAUUGGGGACGGUGUGGAAGAGGAGCAGGCGGCCAAAAAGCACAACAUGCCCUUUUGGAGGAUAUCCAGUCACUCUGACCUGCUGGCCUUGCACCAAGCACUGGAGUUUGAAUACCUGUAAGGACUGUACCAUUGUGGACUUGUGCAUCGCUACCAUGGAAACAGCCCUCUUUUGUACUAUUUAAGAACAAAACUUAAGACUGCAUCUUGUGUUUUUUUUUUAAUCUUUUUCUGAAUGUUUGGAUUUACAAACUCUUUAUGGUCUUAAGCAAAGAGGUUGGAGGUUAGAGGUCAGUGGGGUUUGGAGGAACUGGACUCUAUGCACAGUGACCUGGAUGCUGAUACACUUCUGAAGAAUCCAGUUUACCGUCCACGCAGCUGAGCCAGAAAAGGAUCUUCUCAGAACCUGGAGCGUUUCUCUUCCUGUGACCUGGCGUUUAUCUAGAGCAACAGACAGACAUCCUCACCUAAUGUUAAUCUGAAGGCAUCUGCAUAGAUUCUAAUGUAAACUGGGAUACUUUCUCCCUUCAAAGGGUUUUCUUCCUGGUGGUAAAACUCAUGCAGUCCGCGGUAAAGAAAUCUGUAAAUUAUUUCCAAUAAACACAACAGUGGA